AUGUGAAUAAAAAUAUGUGAGGGGUCGCAGCUUGGCCGGCUCCAGCGCCUUGGCCAGCACCCGGCACGUUGCGGCGCCUCCUGCGUGCAAUUGCUGGGCGUCUGGCGCAUGCGCCGUCGUUGCGCGACGCCUUCGAGUCGCAACCAUGCCCAGGGAUGUCGUGACGACGCGUUGGGUGCGCUUCGGCUGGGCGAGAGCGUCCACGUCCGCAGCGUCGAGAUUGGCCGCAUCGUCAGCAUCGUGUCGUUCAGCGACCUCGACGCCGCCGCGAAGCGCGCUGUGCCGUCGGCGCAGAAGAGCGCUGCCAGCGGCGACGACGACUUCGUCCUCGUCGAGCCGUACGCGACGUCGAAGUCGCAGCCGCCACACUUGGACCUCACGCACACGCGGACGGAAGUGGCCUCCAGUGACGUCGAGGCCGUCGUCCUCGUCGUCUACGAGGACCACGGCGUGUCGCUGCCCCUCGAGGGCGUCAUCGGUCUCGUUUACGGCAAGUCAGUCGGCGCGAUCUCGUGGCCGAGCGUGCCCGAGGGCUCGCUCACGCAUCUGGCCUUGGGCUUACGCGUCGAGCUGCACGCCGUCGGUUUCGGCAUCCUCUCGGAGGGUGGCAGCGACAAGAAGAACGGCAUCGGGUGCAGCGCAGCGACAAUCGGCAUGACGAACACGGAUUUCGCGAUCCUGUCGCGCCUGUUCAAUGCGACAGGCGCGCCGCCAACGGCUCGCCCGUCGACGACAGGCAAGAUAUCGUGGGCGAUGCGCCCGAGCGACGUGACCUUCGUGAAGCGCACGGGGUCCUCGUCGACAACGACGCUCUCCUUUGUGACGCGGGCUCAGCUCGCCGGCGUCUAGCGGGUCAUUGGCAGGCUCUGGACCAUCGCCGUCAGACUAGGAGAUGCUGAACUCGCGGAACCGCAUGGAGGUGGGGCUGGAGGACCCGCUGCGCGCCGGCGACGCAGAGCGCUGCGUCAUCUCGUCGUUGCACUUUGUCGUGCCGCCCGAAAAGAACGGGGGGGAGGAGGACGACGACGACGACGCGAGGAGAACGACGACGACGACGACGACGACGGCGAGGACCCAUCCAGCGAGGACCCGUCCGUCGAGAAAGAGGCCGACGCGCCUGAGCCGACCAGGGUGACGAUGCGACCUGAAUCCCCCCCCCCCGGCCUGGAAUUUUCUGUCCGUGAACUUGAAUAAUCCGGAUCGGCUGGUCCUCCAUACCGGUCGCAAGCAUCCCAGUGGCUCAAGGACUCAGCGAGGAGACUCAAGGGCAUCCCAGUGGUUCACGUCAUCAGGGCCAAGCCCUGCAAAAUAUGAUAACCACAGCUAAAGCUU